AUGUCACCGAGGAUCCCAAGUGCUUGGUUUGGCAACAGGGAUAUGAUUCUCACCGCUGAUCUUGCGAACGUGCAGCAUUUACUGAGCACAAACUUAUCCAAUUAUCCCAAGGGUCCCGACACCAGAAGGAUUUUCUCGGCCUACGGGCAGAUCCUAUUUGCCGCGGACAUAAAGGAUUGGAGGUUUCAUAGGAAAUUCGCUCUCGCUUUUUUCCACAACCAAAAGUUGCAACAUUUCACGGUUAGGAUAAACCAGGAAGUUCUUGAAAAAGGGCUUGUUCCAGUUUUGGAUCAUGCUUCUGAACACAGGGUUACGGUAGAUUUGCAAGAUGUGUUCCAAAGGGCUAUGCUUGAUGCAACAUUCAUGAUGAUCAGUGGCAAAAAUCGCGGCUCCCUCUGCGUUGGACUGCCAAAAGAUGUUGUUUUGGAAGCCUUGCAUGAUGCUAGUGAUGUGAUACUGCUUCGCCAUAUUCUCCCAGAAAGAUUUUGGAUGUUCCAAAGGUGGCUGGGAGUUGGUGCAGAGAAGAGACUCAGUAAAGCUUGCGAAGUCCUGGAUGAUGCAGCAGCAAAAUGCAUCAAAAUUUGGAAAGAGCAAACCAGCAAUAUUUCCAAAUCCGAGCAUGGUGAGGAAAGUUUAGAUGCAAUCACAUUUUUUUACAAUGAGGAGGAGUUCCUGGAAUCAGUUGGGGAGCAAGACUACACUAUGAGAGAAAUUGUAAAAGGAAUUAUAUUUGCAGGAACGGAUACAGCUUCACCAGUUUUAUCUUGGGUUUUUUGGCUUCUUUCGAAGAACCCCAUUGUUGAAUCCAAGAUUAGAGAAGAACUUGCGGUAAACUUAAGGGCAACUGAAUCACGUACGCGUAUAUUUUUCGACCUAAAAGAGUUAAAAAAACUUGUUUAUCUCCAUGCAGCCAUGUGUGAAACAUUAAGGCUCUUUCCAUCAAGUCCUUUUCAGUCGAGAACUUGCAUCAAAGCUGACUUGCUUCCAAGCGGUCACCAUGUGAAAGCGAACAAAAGAGUUGUUAUUUGUACUAAUGCUAUGGCAAGAAUGAGGUUCGUAGCAUUCAGCUCAGGUCCCAGGAUUUGCCCGGGGAAAGAGUUGGCUUUUGCUAGACUGAAAGCUAUUGCUGCUACAAGUUUGUUCAACUACCAAUUUCAUGUAGGUACCAAGAUAGCAAAGGAUCAACCAGUGGCAACCCCUGCAACCUCUAUUAUUCUUCGUAUGAAGCAUGUUUUCUCCAAAUAUGGUUGCUCCGGUGUUGGAGUUGUUGUGCGGGAUGAGUGGGGCAAUUUUGUUGCAAGUUCCUCUCACAAAAUCUUCGGUAUCUUCUCCCCUGAGGUCAUCGAAGCUUAUGCUGCAAAGACUGCAAUUUCCUUACUGCUUCAGUGGAAGGAGCCCAAGAUUAUUUUGGAGGGCGACUCUCUGAAGAUCAUUAACAUGAUUAAGCUUAUGGAAUCUGAUGACUCAACCUACAGGGUGCUGUUAGACUAUAUCCUUCUUAGUUUACAGAGUUUCGCCGCAUGGGAGGCUAAUUGGGUCCCCAGGCAGGCAAAUGUGCCUGUCCACUUAUUAGUUAGGAAUGCCAGGUCUAUUUCAAAUAUUUGUAGUUGGAGUUCUUCUCCACCACCUUUUCUUUCUUCCGCAAUUUUGGCAGACUUAUCCUCACCUUAA